AUGGCACCACCUAAAAAUAAUACAAAUCCUCCAACAACCACAAAUACAACGAAAAAGCAACCUACUACACUUACUACAAAGAAAACAGUAUCAUUUGUAACUCCUACACCACAAUCUCCACCUCCCCCACCUCCCACUUCUACAACAACAACAAAAGAUAAUGAUAUGCAUGAAUCAUUUUUAGAUUUUAAAGAAUCAAUUUUUAAUGAUUGGAGAAAGGCUGGUAUAGGAUUAACUAUAGUCUAUAUUAUUGGUGUAUUAUUACUUUUACCAUUCUUUGUGUCACCGGCAGUUGUAGUCAUUUGUAUGAUUCCAUUCAUUCCAUUGGCAUAUGUGUAUGGAUGGAUCGAACAUAAAUUGCCCUAUUUCUGGUUUGUCAUCUUUUCAUUUGUCAUUAUUGGUGGUCUUGGAGACAGUGUGUCCGAUGUGAUGCUCCUAGUUGAAGGGAUCAAGGUAUUAUAUUUUGGAGGUGGUGGAACAACUUUUGACAAUGACCAAGAUAGUUCAUUGUUUUUUGUUAGAUUGGCCAUCACUUUUAUUGGUCCCGUUUUAGCAUUCAUCGUUGACGUUAAAAUAUUUACCUAUGGUACUAAACAAAAAGAUCAAUCAUCUAUGAUGGGUGCUGGAUCCCUUGCUGUCAUUUUAUAUGCUAUAUUUUGGAAGGCAUUUGUGAUUGUAGCAAGAGUAUUUUAUUUUGGUAGAGUUGUUUAUUUGGCAAUCAAAGAAAAGACUAUGCAUUUCUCAAAAUCAGAUGUUUAUAAAAAUCAUUUGAUCGAGACUCAAUUAUUAUUGGAUUUCAUCUUUGUGUCAUUCCCAUUGGGUAUAUUGACACUUUUAGAGAUCACAAUGUUUGGCAAGGAAUUGGAUUUUGGAUCUGAAACUUUUUGGGAAUUGUUCAAGUUGACCAUGUUGGUCAUUGAUAUGUUUGGCCUAACCUACUUUGUAUAUUUCAUUAUUUUGGGUUACUCUAGACGAUUCUUCCAUCAUCAUGGACAUCAUAAUCAUGAUGAAGAGCAUCAUUCUCACCAUGGUCACGUUCAAAAGGAAUCUCAACCAUUAUUAAAAGAUGAUCAUAUAGUCUAA